CUCCAAUCUAGUCUCCAAAAGCUCACUUUAGUAUUAGCUUUGCAAUUUGCAUCUGCAGCUUCUUGGUACACUCGGGAUUCAUUCCGCAUAGAGAGAUAAAGCGACAAUGGAACUAAAGGGGACGCCCGUUGAGCAUGGAUUCUACAUGCCCGCGGAGUGGGAACUCCAUUCGCAAUGCUGGAUGGGCUGGCCUGAGCGGCCUGACAAUUGGCGAGACCAUGGAGUGCAUGGUCAACGUGCAUUUGCCAAUGUUGCCUCUGCAAUUUCAAGAUUUGAGCCUGUUACUGUAUGUGCCAGUUCAGCCCAGUGGGAAAAUGCACGCAGCCAGUUGCCAGGACAUAUUAGGGUGGUGGAGAUGAACAUGAAUGAUUCUUGGUUUCGUGACACUGGUCCAACUUUUGUUAUUAGAAAUAGUUUGUCAAGUAAAGAGAAGCUGGGCAACAAGAUUGCAGGAAUUGAUUGGAACUUCAAUAGUUAUGGUGGCAUAGAGGAAGGUUGUUAUGAAGAUUGGAGCCUAGACCUACUUAUUGCUAGAAAGGUUCUGGAAAUUGAAAAGAUUCCAAGGUUUGCCCAUUCCAUGAUUCUUGAAGGUGGAAGCAUUCAUGUAGACGGGGAAGGGACUUGCCUUACAACAGAAGAGUGCCUCCUGAAUAAAAAUAGAAACCCUGGUUUAACCAAAGUACAAAUUGAGGAUGAGCUCAAAGCAUAUCUUGGAGUCAAGACGAUCAUCUGGCUACCUCGGGGGUUGUUUGGUGAUGAUGACACUAAUGGUCAUAUUGAUAACAUGUGCUGUUUUGCAAGGCCUGGUGUAGUUUUGUUGUCAUGGACUGAUGAUGAAUCAGACCCCCAAUACGAACGAUCUGUGGAAGCCCUUUCCAUUCUUACCAGUGUAACAGAUGCCAAAGGUAGAAAGCUGGAAAUUAUCAAACUUCAUGUUCCUGGGCCACUUUAUAUGACAGAUGAGGAGGCUGCUGGAUUACAACAGGAUGGUGAUGCUAAAGCAAGGAUUCCUGGAACAAGGCUUGCUGCUUCAUAUAUAAACUUCUACCUUGCCAAUAGAGCAGUAAUUACACCCCAAUUUGGAGACAAAAAGUGGGAUGAUGAAGCUGUUCGUGUUUUGUCUUCUGCAUUUCCAGAUUAUGAGAUUGUCAGGAUCGAAGGCGCACGUGAGAUCGUACUCGGAGGAGGAAAUAUACAUUGUAUCACACAACAGCAACCUGCUUGCCCAUAACUUUUUUAUGCUUGCUAUGAAAAAUGGCAGGGCUGUAACUCGUAACCUAUAUUCUCCAGAUUUUUUGAGGGAUUCAGUCGGUUUUAGUGCUUUUGGAACAUAGCUGUUUCCAGUUUUUGUGGGAUAAUUGUUUGGUCCUUUCCUGAAAUAAUUUAAGGGGUCGCUUACUUUCUUGUGUGAGAUACAUAUUUGGUUUGGGCAUAAUUAGAUUAUUUAUCGAACAUGAUAAUUUAUCAAGUAUCUACUUCAGUGAUUAAAUGA